AUGGGUUACUACUGCUCCAACUACUACGGCUCCAUCCACUGCCACAAUACAGUCUCCCGCUUUGGCGAUAGAUGUCAUCUCUGCGCAGCAUCAAAAAGAGGCGCUUCCAUUAAAGAUGGUCUACUUUCCGAGGCCGAGCGAUGGGGUUCAUCCACCCCCCGGCCCACCCACGGCGAUCGCCGGGUCGAGCGGGCCAGCCGCCCGGCCCGGGACUCAAGAGUGAAGAACUGA